GACUAGAAAAAUUAAAUAGAUCUUCUCUUAAUUCUUCUUUAUUAGCCCUAUAUAACAAAAAUAUAACCCAAAUCGAAUUUUUCUCUAGACUUUUUUUGUCUUCUUUUUCUUUUACUAAAAUAUUUUUAAAUAAUCUUUUUUCUCCACAACAACAUAACUCAGUCCCUAACACUUUACAACAACCUAGUAGAGUUGCUUAA